CAUCAUUUAUAACAUAGUCUUACCACCUCAAGUCCUUUAAGUUAAACCAACCUUCCAAGCAUGUGAGCAUCUUAUCUUCUUCCCAAUCCCAAAACUCUCUCUCUUUUUGUGAUAUCAUCAUCACCAUUUUCUUCAGUAACAACUUCUUCAUUCAUUAGUAUGGCAGCUGAUUGUUCUGCCAAGAGAAAUUCCAACGCUCAACUCCUUGAAGAACUAGAGGCUCUAAGUGAAUCCCUUGACCAAUCAAACACCACCACCACAGCUAGAAGAGCUGCUUCAUUAGCUCUACCUCGAACCUCACCUCCUUUUGUUCCAUCUGCUGAAGAUGGCAAUAACACUGUUGAAGUUGAUAACAAACCUAGGUCCCGUCGCAUGUCCUUGUCCCCAUGGAAAUCAAGUCCAAAGCUUGAAGGUGCUAAGGUACCCCCCACUAAGCCAGAUAUCAAAAAGUUUGAUGACACAUCAACUUCAGUUGAAAAGAAAGGGAUUUGGAGCUGGAAGCCUAUAAGGGCUCUUUCUCAUAUUGGAAUGCAGAAAAUAAGUUGUUUGUUUUCUGUUGAAGUGGUCACUGCACAAGGCCUUCCUUCAUCAAUGAAUGGACUAAGGCUUUCUGUUUGUGUUAGAAAGAAAGAGACGAAGGAUGGUGCUGUUCAAACAAUGCCAUCACGUGUUGCUCAAGGAGCUGCAGAUUUUGAAGAGACCCUUUUCAUAAGGUGCCAUGUUUAUUGCAACCAUGGUAGUGGAAAGCAGCUUAAGUUUGAGCAAAGACCGUUUUGGAUAUACCUUGUUGCAGUUGAUGCCAAAGAGCUUAAUUUUGGAAGAAACUCUGUUGACUUGAGCCAGUUGAUUCAAGAAUCCAUUGAGAAAAAUCAGCAAGGUUCACGGAUUCGGCAGUGGGACACAAGCUUUAGCUUAUCUGGAAAGGCAAAAGGUGGAGAACUAGUUCUGAAACUUGGUUUCCAAAUCAUGGAGAAAGAUGGAGGACUUGAAAUAUAUAACCAGGAUGAGAAUUUGAAGUCCAGCAAGUUCAGAAAUCUCACAUCUUCAUUUGCUCGCAAACAAUCAAAGGCAUCCUUCAGCAUGCCUAGUCCUAGAAUAACAAGCAGAAAUGAUGCUUGGACUCCUUCACAGAUAAGGUUAGCUGAAGAUAUUCAAGCUAUGGAUGAUUUGAACCUUGAUGAGCCAAACCCAGUUCAGGAUUCCCCCUCUACACAAAAACUUGAAGGUGGCAAAGAAAAGGUGGAGGAUUUUGAUCUUCCAGAUUUUGAGGUUGUUGAUAAAGGGGUUGAGGUUCAAGAGAAGAAAGAAGAUGAAGGAGAAGAAUCUGAGAAAUCUUUGGAAGUGAAGUCAACUUCAAGUGAGAUUGUCAAGGAAAUAAUGCAUGAUCAGUUGCACCUAGCUAGAUUAAGUGAGCUUGCUUCAAUUGCCAAACAGUUGAAAGCUCUUGAGUUCAUGAUGGGAGAAGAUAAUAGGUUCAUAAAAGAAGAGGAAACGGAGUCACAAAGAUUGGAUGAUGAUGAAGAAACUGUGACAAGGGAGUUUCUUCAGAUGCUUGAGGAUCAAAAGACCAGAGGAUACAAAAUCAACCAAUCUGAAAUCCCCCCUUUACAACUUGAAGGACAUGAGCAUUCUUCAGCAGAGGGAGAAUCCACAGUUUAUCUACCUGAUCUUGGCAAGGGCUUGGGUUGUGUGGUUCAAACAAGGGAUGGAGGCUACUUGGCAUCUAUGAACCCUUUAGAUGAUGCUGCGGAUAGAAAUGAUACUCCAAAGUUAGCAAUGCAGAUGUCAAAGCCUUUUGUGUUGGCAUCAUAUCAAUCCCUAAAUGGGUUAGAGUUAUUUCAGAAAUUGGCUAGCAUUGGUCUUGAAGAACUCAGCUCUCAAGUUUUCUCCAUGAUGUCCAUAGAUGAACUGAUAGGUAAAACUGCAGAACAGAUUGCUUUUGAAGGCAUUGCUUCUGCCAUCAUACAAGGUAGAAACAAGGAAGGAGCUAGUUCAAGUGCUGCACGUAUAGUUUCUGCACUGAAAGGCAUGGCAAAUGCAAUGAGUUCAGGAAGACAAGAAAGGAUUUCAACAGGAAUUUGGAAUGUGGAUGAAACCCCACUAACUGCAGAGAAAAUUCUAGCUUUUACAAUGCAGAAGAUUGAGUUCAUGGCUAUUGAAGCAUUGAAAAUCCAAGCUGGCAUGGCUGAGGAAGAAGCUCCAUUUGAUGUUUCAGCACUCAGCACAAAGGCAGAUAACAAAGAAAAUGAUCUAUUGGGUUCUGCUAUUUCACUUGAGGAUUGGAUUAGAGACCAAAGCUACAGUAACACUAAUGCAAAUUCUGAUAGUGAACCAUCAAAUAUCACACUGAUAUUUGUUGUCCAACUGAGGGAUCCAAUUAGAAGCUUUGAAGCAGUUGGGGGUCCUAUGAUGGUGUUGGUUCAUGCAACAAGUGCAGACACAAAGGGGAAUGAUUAUGAAGAUGAAGAUGAUGAGGAGGAGGAGGAGGAGAAAAGGUUCAAAGUAACAAGCAUGCAUGUUGGAGGUUUUAAGGUGAGAAGUGCUACAAAGAAGAAUGCAUGGGACACUGAGAAGCAAAGGCUAGCUGCAAUGCAUUGGUUGAUUGAAUAUGGAUUGGGAAAGGGAGGGAAGAAAGGCAAACAUGCAUUUAUAAAAGGGCAAGACUUGUUAUGGAGCAUUUCAUCAAGAAUCAUGGCUGACAUGUGGCUCAGAACAAUGAGAAAUCCAGACAUCAAACUUGUACAGUAAUAAGCAUAUCCACUCUCUCCUCUUAAUUGUGGCAAGGUACUUGCACAAUCUUGCAUUCAUGUCUCAUAUGAAUGCUACAUCCUAAUUUAAGAGGAAGUUCAAGAGGAGUCAUUAGAGCUUGCAGAUUUAUGGAUACAAUAAUGGUGCAAAUAUCGUUACUCAGAAGGUCAUAAUUAGUUGCUUUUUUUAGAGCCAAUAAAAAACUGUGACUUAGGAAAUGUUAUGUACACAUACCAAUUUUCUCACAUCCCUCACAUCCAAUCAAUCAUCACUAUUUUUUUUCUCUAUCUAAAUUUUCUUCCUCAAACACCUUUUGUUUGUGUAUAGGGUGUAUGAGAAAAUGUAAUGAGGAUACAACAUUUCCACUCUCACUUAUAUAGGGGACAUAUGAGAUUUGAUUGAUGUUGAAAUAAAUGAGCUUUUUGAAAGAAGGUCACGGUAACUUCCCAUCUUUUAUUUUUUUAUUUUUUUAUUUUUAUAACCCAUUUCCCAGACACUCACGAAGUGGGUAUUUGA